AUGGACCCCGUCAUCAUAACGCCGGAUGACGUAACUGAGGCGGUCCGUAGGGCCCCGAACUGGAGAAGUCCGGGACUCGACGGACUGCAUUACUACUGGCUGAAGGGGUUUGUGGUGUGUCAAAGUCGCGUCCGAGCCUCUUCACUACCGGGAUCUAUUGGAAUUCAUUUGGUUCCUAAAGACCGGGCUUCCACAGACCCAAGCAAAUACCGCCCCACUACGUGUCUACCCACCAUAUAUGAGACACUGACAUCCAUUUUGCGUACGCGAAUCAUUCAUCACCUGGAUUUAAAUCAGGUGAUGUCGCGUGCUCAAAAUGGAUGCCGGGGCGAUGGUCGUGGAACCAAGGAACCACUCCUCAUUGACGCGGCCAUUGGCAAAGUGGUUAAACGCAACCGUCGGAACUUCUCCGCCGCCUGGAUAGACUACAAAAAGGCAUUCGACUCGGUGCCUCAUACAUGGCUAAAGAGGGUUCUUGAGCUGUACAAGGUUGACUGUACUGUAGAGCCUUCCUCGGGCAGUGUAUGGGGCAGUGGAGUACAAUCCUUUGUGGGAUGA